ACGCCACCCGCCGUUCAACAAGCAGCACAACAAGGAAGUCUUCGGAGAGUUCAAGUCGUGCAGACGGAACGAAUUCACGAGCCAAUGUUUGCCUCGUAGCACAGGAUGCCAGUCGAAAGCCCGGAGGACAGGACAGUGGAGGUUCUGGCGCUGCCUGAACAAGUGGAUGAGGAACUGCUGUAUCUGUACUUCGAGAAUAAACGUCGCUCUGGGGGCGGACCACUCUUCUCUGUGGAGAAGAAGGGUGACCGUGCCUUAUUGGUGUUUGAAGAUGCGGAAGCUGCAGCCCAAGUGCUGUCUAAAGGGCACCACGUUCUGCAUAAUGUCGAGCUGUGUGUGAGAAAGCCUGCCUCAAAGGACCAAUGCAGGCUGCUGCUGCGGGGGAUCAACCCCACCACCUUCUCUGAGAUGAUAGAGCUCUAUGUGGAGAACAUGUUGGGCUUGAACGUGACAGAAUACACCCUGUAUCCCUCACCGGGGAGAGAUUUCAUCCUCAUCCACCUCAGCCAACCCUUGUCGAAAGAUUUCCAAAACCUUAGUGCAAAGAUCUCCAAGAGGACACUGGAUGGGGCCAAGGUAACACUUGAACAGCUUGAGCAAACUGACUCUGUUCUAGUGGAGAACCUGCACCCUGGCACCUCUCCGGACAUGCUCACUCUUUACUUCGAGGGGAAGCGAGGAGGGGAUCAGAAGGUGAAGGAGGUCGCCAUGCUUUCAGAGGGUACAGCGAAGGUGUCAUUUGUCAACUAUGACUCUCUGGGCCCUGUCCUCGAGCUCCAGCACAAACUGGACGGCGCUGACCUGCUCGUGAAGCCAUACUUUGACUUUCUUCAACCAACAGAAAGUGCAACAUCACAAAACUCUGCAAGUGGAAGCCAAGAUAUGACUGAGAGAAACUCAGAGGAUCUGAGUGAUAUUCAGAUGCAGACCGCUCCCCCCAUGGUGGUCACUGCCAGCAGCCCGUCCGGCUCUCAGCCGACCUCGGAGCCUCUUGCCGCCCAUGAGGCGGCAGAGGAGGCAGCAGAGGAAGUUAUGGAGAAUCAUACAGAGGAUGCAGAAACACUAUCGAGCCAUAUUCCUAUAGCUGACCCGCUAAAAUUAGCUCUGUUUCAACUUUGCCCCCUUCCACAGAACAUUGAAAAGACUGACCCAGAUAUCACCGUCCAAAUUAGGGAAGAUGGGGUGCACAUUGUAGGACCUGGCGGACAAAAGAUGGAGCAGAUAAAACAGACCGUCUCUGACUUUCUCGGCAAUAUGUCUGAAACUCAUUUCACUCUCGAGCCAGAAAAGGCCCAGUUCCUUGCGAGAAAAGAUGUAAAAGAGCGACUACAACAAACCAUGAAUCAAACUGGGUCACCCUCCAUGUACUCCGUAUCAGAUUCUAAAGUCGCGGUAACAUCGCUGUCGCAGAACUCGGCUCAGCAGGCAUGUAGCUUUUUGAAAUCUCAACUGAGUCACUUCAGCGUACCUUUGGAUGCACAAUAUGAGGGCAUGUUAUAUUGCAGAGAGUGGUCUGAGUUCCUGCAGGCUCUGGGUUUCUCCUCUGUGAAGGUGUCGGAGCGAGGAGGGAAUAUUGAUGUGUUGACUCUGAAAGGGAUGGAGAGCGAGAAGCAGACUGCCAUCCUGCAGUUUCUCAGCACACCCAUUGAGAGGGAGACAGUCAUCUCUAUGGAGCCGGGCAUGCUGAAAUACAUCCAGAUCCAUUGUCAUCAGCUACUGGCCGACAUGGACCAAGUGUCUAUUUUUCCACUAGAGGCUGAGGAUGUCUGUGGGUUAAAGAUCCACGGUCAUGCUGUCGCUUGCCAAAUGGCUGAGGAGGUGUUGCAGGGCGUCGUCUCCUCUAUCUGCACCAGAACCAUCACAGUAAACGCUCCAGGAGUGGCCCGGUUUUUAGGUGAGGCAGAGUGCAAGAGCAUCCUCAAUGAGAUGGAGUCAAAGUUUCAGGUCUACAUCAGCCCGAAGCAGGCGCCCUGGGAACCCCUGCCUCACCAGGACAUUUUUGAAACUGCAUGGAAGAUGAUGUCACACAGAAACUUUCAGAAAGUGUCUAUGGAUGCUCCUGCACAGUUAAAAUCGGAUUCAGUGCAAACUGAUAAUAAUGGAGCUGCUGACAAAGGCCUUUUAGAGGAGGCGAAGAGAAUCGUCUCAGCCAUUGAUGAAAGUCUCGAGGAGGGUGUUUCCAAUUCAGAGCAACUCAUGGAUGACAUGGAUAACAUGGACCUGUACUCAGCAGAGGAACCGACCAGCCUGACAGACCAGGACUCUGAUGUGAUCGUUUUAGAUGCUUCCCAGCUCUCAGCUGAAGGGAACGCUGCCGGCGGGUUAGCCGCGGGCCUUUCUAGCGAUCUGGAAGAAGAGGCCCAGCUGUCUUUAGCCAUCCAGUACUCGAUGGAGUCAAGCCAUUGGUCCCUGGAGGAUGAGGACGAACAGCUGAAACAAGCCCUGGAGCUGUCCAGGAAAAUGAUCCAACAUGAAGCCUCUUCUAGUGGUACUGACAAAGGCCCCCGUGGGGGUCAGCUGAACAAGGUCACUGAUGUUUCCUUACAGGAUGCCAUCAAGGCGGCCAACACCAUCCAGAUAGUUGUGUUUGCAGGUUAUAGCUGUGAUCUCAUUCGUGUGGACAUAGCCUUUGGGAAGAAGGUCAGCCAGAGACAGGUGGAGGAGAAACUCGAGCACAGGAGUGUGAGGAACAUGUCUGAGUACCACAGGAAGUGUUUGGAGAUGAUCAAGAGGAAGCAUGCGGUCGAGAUUCAAAUUCAGGGCACCAUAAUCACUGUUUCUGGAUUCAAGGACUUUGUGGCCGGAGGAAUUUGUGACGUGAAGCUGCUGAUGGAGAAAAUCAGUAAUGCUGUUUCCAACCAGGAAAUCCUGCGGACUGUCCAGUGGGUGCUGCAUGAUCCAGCCUCCUCAGACACGGCUCCAUAUUCACCUGAUGCCACAGUUUUCAUCGAGAAUGCGUGGAGGAUGAAGCUGAAAAAGGUUGAUAUAUUGCUAGACAAUCAGCCCCACAUUAUCAGUUUUGAAAAGAUGCAAGAACACAACAUAGCCUCUGGAAAAUAUAUGAAAAUCUCCAGGAAGAUGCUCGAAUUAGGGGAUUUGAAUGAAGACAUACCAGAAGAGGAAUACUCUCUGCUGUCAAACCUGCCCGAAGCAACCAAAGUCGAUGAGGAAUCUGAUGAAUUUCAGAAUGUGGUGAAGAAUUUCUACGAGACCAUCCAGGAAUACCACAGCAAGAUCAGAAUCAUACAGGUGGAAAAGCUCAUGAAUCGACUGCUGUACAAUCAGUACAAGUUAAAGAAGGCAAGUGUGCUGCAGCGAGCCACGUACCCAGAAAUCGAACGGACUCUCUACCAUGGUACGAGUGAGACGAGUGUGAAGGAGAUAUGCGUUCAUGGAUUCAACAGAAGCUUCUGUGGAAAGAAUGCCACCGUCUACGGUCAGGGGGUGUAUUUUGCUGUCAACUCUGCGCUGUCCGUUCAGGAUCAGUAUUCACCCCCAAACCUAGAUGGAUACAAGUUUAUUUUUGUGUCAAAGGUUCUAACAGGAGACUACACUAAAGGUUGCCAUUCAAUGAAGACCGCCCCGUUGAAGGAGACCGGUGAUAUUCCUCUCAGAUACGACAGCGUUACAGAUGACAUCACCAAGCCGUCGAUGUUUGUCAUCUUCAAUGAUACACAGGCUUUUCCAGAGUAUCUCAUUACAUGCCAGAGAAUCCACCGCUGAAGAAACUGAUAGCUGUCGGAUAAUAACCAUUAAUUUGUUGUUUUAAUGUUUUGCCUUGAUUAGAAAAGUGCAUUUGAUUUAUAAAGGGCUAAUGUGUUAUAAUGUACAGUUGAUAUUUUUUUCUUUGAUCAAGAUUACUUCACACUUGUACUUUACUGUUGUCUUUAUGAGUUGCUCUACUUUCAGUUCCUGAGUUUGAUUGAGAGAAACUCAGUUAAUUCAAAAAACACAUUUUAAUUAAGUAACUUAAAACAUUCUCUGUCAGCACAAUAAAGUCUUCAAAUAGGUGUGACUCAGCUGUUAUUGCAUGACAUUUUACUUGUAACAGUCAAUUUUGUAUUUGUCGGCAGUGAGCAUACACGUCAAUGUUUACUCUCCUUGCUUAAACUUGAAAGCAUUCGAAAUAUGUUGUAUUUGUGAUUUUAAAAUCAACCAUAAAUGAUCUGUUUCAUUUAGUUACUGGUCUUUCUUACAGAUAAUUGUAUUAAUGUGAAUAUUUCUUUGUCUGCUGACAGUGCUGGAAACCCUACUAUGUUAAUGUGUAACUAUUCAUUAGUUUAUGCAAAAAAGUUUUUAUUGACCUGAAUAUGACCUUAUAUAUAUUAUAUAUAUUGACUUUCAGGUUCAGUUGUAGCAACCAUACUGCAGGUUUUCUUCUGCCUAUGUGAAUAUAAUUAAGUGAACUCUGAAAAUAGAGAAAUCUAACUCUAAAUAUAGUUACAGUAACUACUUGGUGUGUUUUUAAAAAAAAAAAAAAAAAAAAUGCAGUCCCAUGUCCACUGCUCUACCAUGAAGAAAAUGUAAUUUAAAAAAUGAUCACCAUGGUAACAAAAAGAAAGAAAAUUAAGCUUCUAAUAACCAGCAUUAUUCUUCAUCACGGUGGAGCUAAUUAUGAUUUUUUCAAGUUUCAAGCUACAGUAUCAUUACCUGGCCUUGCACAUCCAUCACAUCUGCUGUGCACAAUAAAGGAAUGUGUAUUGUUAUUUUAGUAA